AUGCGCCGCGCGGGACGCCUCACCUCUCCUCGCUCGGCGGCCGAGCGGCCCGCGGCCGGGGCGGGGACUCGAUCUCGCCGCGAGCGGCGGCCUCACAAAGGGGCCGCAGCGCCCGGGCGGGCAGCCGGCGCCGGCCGCGGGGGCCGCCGGGAGCUGGAGUCCGGCGCCUGGCCCGGGGCGGCGCGGAGCAUGCCGGGACUGCCGGCCGCGGCAGCCGGCGGCUUCCGGCCUCGUCCCCUCGCGUCGCUCUACCGCGCUCCCGCAGCCCCGGCCUUCCGACCCAGAGCCGGCCCGGCCCAGCCCUCAGGCCGGCGUACCCAUCGCCCGGCUGCCGAGUCCGCCGAGACCUGGAUGGGCGGCGUGAGCUGCGCAGGCGCACCGCGCUCGCGUCGUCCAGGUGUCCAGAACCGCUGGCCUCGCGUGGCGGCCGGGCUGCGGGGCGCACGCGCAGUGGCCGCGGCCGCGCGGGCGCCGCAGGUGGCGCUUCGGGCCGGCGCUGGGGGAACGCAGACGGUGGGGCUGGGUGUGCGGGCCAUGGAGAGCGCCGGGGCUCGGGGCUUUUCCUCUCACCUGGGUACGGCCACGCCCACACUCACCUGCAUCAGGGAGACAGCCACGCGAGGAGAGCGCGCCCGACGCCAAGGCACUCACCCGGCGACCCACGAAACCCACAAGGUACAUUCGUAUCCCAGACGGUUUCCCACGCACCGAUUUACGCAGGAGCCCCGCCCACUCGAAGCAUCGCGAGACGCAGUCUUGCUCCUUGGGUCCAGCCUUGAGGACCGGAGACUACGUUUCCCAGAAGACACUGCGGCGCCUGUCCAACCGCGACGCAGCAUCGGCAGUGCUUUGUGCGUCUGCGCCAUCUUCCGGCUCCUGAGUCCACUGGUACGGACGAGGAAGCGCACCCGGGGCUGCUGGGGGCGCGGCCGCGGGGCACCUGGACCAGAGGAGUUGGCAGGUGAGGGGCUCCGGAGCUUACCAGGAGCCCCGGGGUCUGCGCCGGACUGGGCGCCGCGGCCGGGCGGGUCACGGGCCUGGAAAGAACCGGAACGUCUCGUUUCGCCGUCCGUCUGCGGCUUUCCGGGCUCCGGACUACACUCCCCAUCGGCCCCCGCGGCGCGCCCUGCUGUCGCCGCCUGUUGCCGCCAGGGCUCAUGGCCCGGGUCCAUGGACCCCUUAGGUCUGUCAUCUCAGGACUUUGCCCUUCCCCAAGAGACAAACCAAGAGGAGGACGCAGCAGCCCAUGAGAUCCUGACAGUCAUGUCCCUCGGGUCAGACUUAUUCAGGGAUGUGGCCAUAGUCUUCUCCCAAGAAGAAUGGGAACAGCUGGCGCCCACUCAGAGGGAUCUGUACAGAGACGUGAUGUUGGAGACCUAUAGCAACCUGGUCUCACUGGGUCUUGCCGUUUCCAAACCUGAUGUGAUAUCCUUCUUGGAGCAAGGCAAAGAGCCCUGGACGGUGGGGGAAGUGGCGACGGGAGGCCCGUGCCCAGAUUAGGUGUCCGAAUGGGAGAAAACAGAAAACUACAAAGAUCCUGAGAAUUCCAGUUUCCAAGAUGACUGGGAAUUUAAAGGCACAUUUGAGAUAUAUCACGGGAAUGAGAAAGGAAGUUCCAAUCAAGUCAUAAUCACCUGCCGGGCCAGCCGGAAGAUUUCGAACGAGAAGCACGACACGUUCCUGUAAGCUAAGAAUUAAAGACACAAAACAGAUGGGGUUGAGAGGAUCGCUGUAGUCAGCGAUGAUUCUUUAUUUCUCAGGGCUAUAUACUGAACUUAAGACGGAAAUCUUCAGAAGAAAAAACAUUUUCCCAUAUACAUCACUUUGAGAUAACAAUCACCAGAACUCUCACAAGGCGCCAGAGCACAGGAAUGGCAUUCUGUUUAUCCUAGGGGUAGUCGUAAAAAGGCCAUCUGUCUGCGUCAUGUGUGCAUUCAAGGCUCACAAAUGUUCCUUUAAGAUUAACUUGGAUAAUAAUUCACAGAGGGGUGGCGGGACAGAGAGCUAUGUCUGCGAACAGACCCUUGAGGAUCAAGGCAGCUCCCAGAGCCAGCCUUUUGAUUCAGGCCGCUCCCCACAAUCACCCAUGAAGAAAUACACACUUUGAGGGAGCAAACAUCCCAUAACCUGCUUCAUAAAAUUCCACCUGGAAGUAGACCCUACGUGUGUAAUGAAUGUAGAAAAGGUUCUGGGUAGAAGAAAUCUCUUCUUAGUCAUCAGAAAAUUCAUACUGGUGAGAAAUCUUAUGAAUGUCAGCAGUGUGGGAAGGCUUUCCAUCACGGUCCCAAUCCUCCUCAACAUCAGAGAACUCAUAGUGGGGAAAGAUCCUAUGAAUGUGAAGAAUGUGGAAAGGCCUUUGGUUCAGUUUCACUCUUUACAAGACAUCAGAGAAUUCAUACUGGUGAGAAACACUAUGAAUAUGAGGAUGUGGAAAAACUUCUGUUUGGCUCUCACAACUCAAUGUACAUAUAGUACUCAUACUGGUGAAAAACACUAUCAAUGUACUGAACACAGAAAGGCUUUUAGUUACUUAUCGUUGAUUAUUAAACAUCAGAGAAUUCAUACUGGAGAAAAGCCCUAUGUCUGUAAGGAAUGUGGAAAGGCCUUUAGCGGUACCACACAACUUAAUGAAUACCAAAGAAUCCACACUGGUGAGAAGUCAUAUAAAUGUAAUGAAUAUGUAAAGGCCUUUGGCCAUUGUUCACAUCUUCCUCAACAUCAGAGGAUCCAUACUGGUGAGAAACCCUAAAAAUGUAAUGAAUGUGGGAAGGCCUUUAGGCAGGGCUCACAGCUUAAACUACAUCAGAUAAUUCACACUGGUGAGAAGCCUUAUGAAUGCAAGGGAUGUGGGAAAGCACUGAGUCAGUGCUCACAGCCUACUCAACACAAGAAAAUUCAUUCCCAAUAUAUGAAAGAAACAUGGGAAGGACUUCGGGCACUCAUCUUCUCAACUUUAAGGAAUUCACACCAUAGAAAACCCCUAUGAAUAAGAGAAGAAAAGACUUCUCCUGUCUCAUUCCUAACCUUGUCAAAUGUGGAAAUGCUUUUUGGUUCAACUCAUGUUAGAUUUAUCAGCAGAUUCAUCACCAUCACAUUCAUCAUUAAAGACCCUAUUAAUAUGAUAAUGUAGAAAAGCUUCUGGACACUACUUAUCAAUCAUUAGCAACUGGAAAAUUCAUGCUGGCUAGCAACCAAAGAAGUGGAGAAAUCUUGGAAACCCUUUAGCCUAAGCUAAUCCUAACUUAAAUAAAAGAAAGCAUAAAAGAAAAUAAUCCUGUGACUGUUAGGUGUGUGGGAAGUUCUUUAGUCGUAAGUCUCUUAAUCAGAAAAUUCUUAUUUGAAGAACGUAUUGUACAUUUAAAAUCCCCAUUCGUCAUUUAUUAGGUAUCAGAAAAUGCACGCUGAAUAAAACACCACGCAUUUUAAACAACAGUUAAACAUUUAUCAAGUUGAGGAAGGUAUGGAGAAGUUUCAAACAAGUCAUAUAGGGCUGUGGCUCAGAUAAAAUGUAAUAAAUUAGACAUUCACAAAAUAAUAUUUAUGUCACUUACUACCUAAUAUUUCCUCCUUCAGUGAAACAAGAGCACGGGAAGUGAAUGAGAGCAGUAUGAAACAAAACCUGUGGGGUGUGGCCAUAAACACACUCAAAAAGUUACUCCUUUAAAUGCAUUUAUAG